GAAGAGGUUCUAUCCGGGGCCUUGGAGCUUCUCUUUCCUUUCGCGCCGGUUGCCGCUGCGGAGCGCGGCGGGUCCAUGUGCGCAGUGAGUGGCGCUAUCCCUGGCCCAGUAGCACCCGAACCCCGGGUUUGACCGAGUCCGCGCUGCGAUGGACCCCAACACCAUUAUCGAGGCCCUGCGGGGCACCAUGGACCCAGCCCUGCGUGAGGCCGCGGAGCGCCAGCUCAAUGAAGCACACAAGUCUCUGAAUUUUGUCUCAACACUGCUCCAGAUUACUAUGUCGGAACAGCUGGAUUUACCUGUGAGACAGGCAGGUGUUAUCUAUUUGAAAAAUAUGAUAACACAGUAUUGGCCUGAUCGAGAAACAGUACCAGGGGAUAUAUCCCCUUAUACUAUUCCAGAAGAAGAUCGCCAUUGUAUUCGAGAAAAUAUUGUAGAAGCCAUUAUCCAUUCUCCUGAGCUCAUCAGGGUACAGCUUACUACAUGCAUUCAUCACAUCAUCAAACAUGAUUAUCCAAGCCGCUGGACUGCCAUUGUGGACAAAAUUGGCUUUUAUCUUCAGUCCGAUAACAGUGCUUGUUGGCUAGGAAUUCUUCUUUGCCUUUAUCAGCUUGUGAAAAAUUAUGAGUAUAAAAAACCAGAGGAGCGGAGUCCAUUGGUAGCAGCAAUGCAGCAUUUUCUGCCAGUUCUAAAGGAUCGUUUUAUCCAGCUUCUUUCUGACCAGUCUGAUCAGUCUGUCCUCAUCCAGAAACAAAUAUUCAAGAUCUUCUAUGCUCUUGUUCAGUAUACACUACCACUGGAACUGAUAAACCAACAGAACCUGACAGAAUGGAUAGAAAUUUUAAAGACUGUUGUGAACAGGGAUGUACCUAAUGAAACACUUCAAGUUGAAGAAGAUGAUCGACCUGAGUUACCAUGGUGGAAAUGCAAGAAGUGGGCCUUACAUAUUUUAGCAAGACUUUUUGAAAGAUAUGGAAGCCCUGGCAAUGUUUCCAAAGAGUAUAAUGAAUUUGCUGAAGUAUUUCUGAAGGCAUUUGCUGUUGGUGUCCAGCAAGUUUUAUUGAAGGUGUUAUAUCAGUACAAGGAGAAGCAAUAUAUGGCUCCUCGAGUUUUACAACAGACAUUAAAUUAUAUUAAUCAAGGAGUUUCUCAUGCUCUCACCUGGAAGAAUCUGAAGCCCCAUAUACAAGGCAUUAUCCAAGAUGUUAUUUUUCCAUUGAUGUGCUACACAGAUGCUGAUGAGGAACUUUGGCAAGAAGACCCUUAUGAAUAUAUACGCAUGAAGUUUGAUGUGUUUGAAGAUUUCAUUUCUCCUACCACUGCUGCCCAGACACUUUUGUUUACAGCCUGUAGUAAGAGGAAAGAGGUACUGCAAAAGACUAUGGGAUUUUGUUACCAGAUUCUUACAGAACCAAAUGCUGACCCUCGAAAAAAAGAUGGAGCCCUGCAUAUGAUUGGCUCUUUAGCUGAAAUACUUCUAAAGAAAAAGAUCUAUAAAGAUCAGAUGGAAUACAUGUUGCAGAAUCAUGUAUUCCCUCUCUUCAGCAGUGAACUAGGCUACAUGAGAGCAAGGGCUUGCUGGGUACUUCACUAUUUUUGUGAAGUGAAGUUCAAAAGUGAUCAGAACCUUCAGACGGCCUUAGAGCUAACAAGAAGAUGUCUGAUUGAUGAUAGAGAAAUGCCUGUGAAAGUGGAAGCUGCCAUUGCUCUUCAAGUAUUGAUCAGCAAUCAAGAAAAAGCUAAAGAAUAUAUCACGCCAUUCAUCAGACCUGUAAUGCAGGCUCUUCUUCAUAUUAUAAGAGAAACAGAAAAUGAUGACCUUACCAAUGUAAUUCAGAAAAUGAUCUGUGAAUAUAGUGAAGAAGUUACUCCUAUUGCGGUAGAAAUGACACAACAUUUGGCAAUGACAUUUAACCAAGUAAUCCAGACGGGGCCAGAUGAAGAAGGUAGUGAUGACAAAGCAGUUACUGCUAUGGGAAUUCUGAAUACAAUUGAUACACUUCUUAGUGUAGUUGAAGAUCAUAAAGAGAUAACCCAACAGCUUGAGGGAAUCUGCUUGCAGGUCAUUGGUACUGUUUUACAGCAGCAUGUCUUAGAAUUCUAUGAGGAGAUCUUCUCUUUAGCGCACAGUUUGACAUGUCAACAAGUGUCUCCACAGAUGUGGCAGCUACUACCCCUUGUAUUUGAAGUCUUUCAGCAAGAUGGCUUUGAUUACUUUACAGAUAUGAUGCCCCUCCUUCAUAAUUAUGUAACAGUUGAUACAGACACACUUCUGUCUGACACCAAGUAUCUUGAAAUGAUAUACAGUAUGUGCAAAAAGGUUCUUACAGGAGUUGCAGGAGAAGAUGCAGAGUGUCAUGCAGCAAAAUUGUUAGAGGUCAUCAUUCUGCAGUGCAAAGGGCGUGGCAUUGACCAGUGCAUUCCCUUAUUCGUGGAAGCAGCCUUAGAAAGACUGACAAGAGAGGUUAAGACAAGUGAACUUCGAACUAUGUGUCUGCAAGUUGCAAUUGCAGCUUUGUAUUAUAAUCCACACCUACUACUCAAUACCUUAGAAAAUCUUCGUUUCCCUAAUAAUGUUGAACCAGUUACAAAUCAUUUUAUUACACAGUGGCUUAAUGAUGUUGACUGUUUCUUGGGGCUUCAUGACAGAAAGAUGUGUGUUCUCGGACUCUGUGCUCUUAUUGAUAUGGAACAGAUACCUCAGGUUUUAAAUCAGGUUUCUGGACAGAUUUUGCCAGCUUUUAUCCUUUUAUUUAAUGGAUUGAAAAGAGCAUAUGCCUGCCAUGCAGAACACGAGAAUGACAGUGAUGAUGAUGAUGAAGCUGAAGAUGAUGAUGAAACUGAGGAACUGGGGAGUGAUGAAGAUGAUAUUGAUGAAGAUGGGCAAGAAUAUCUGGAGAUUCUGGCUAAGCAGGCUGGUGAGGAUGGAGAUGAUGAAGAUUGGGAAGAAGAUGAUGCUGAAGAGACUGCUCUGGAAGGCUAUUCCACAAUCAUUGAUGAUGAAGAUAACCCUGUUGAUGAGUAUCAGAUAUUUAAAGCUAUCUUUCAAACUAUUCAAAAUCGUAAUCCUGUGUGGUAUCAGGCACUGACUCACGGUCUUAAUGAAGAACAAAGAAAACAGUUACAGGACAUAGCAACUCUGGCUGAUCAAAGAAGAGCAGCCCAUGAAUCCAAAAUGAUUGAGAAGCAUGGAGGAUACAAAUUCAGUGCUCCAGUUGUGCCAAGUUCUUUCAAUUUUGGAGGCCCAGCACCAGGGAUGAAUUGAGUUAUCUCUUUCUUUCCUGCUGUGUGAUUGUAGUGAAGAGCUUGUGUUCCUCCUAGUAGUGGUUCCAGAACUGGUUCAUGUUAUCUAUUCUAAACUAAUGAUCAAUAGAUGGACAAAAGAAACAACAACCCCAGGAGAUGGGACCUGAUCAUGCAACCUGGCACUGGAAAAGAAAUCAGCAGGAUUUUGGGGGUGGGGGGGAUGGGAGGUACCUUAGGGGGUGUAUUUUUUGAAGAAAGUAAGAUCCUGACUCUGAAGCUUCAAAGUGACACUGUGGAAAUCUGAAACAAGAGGGGAUGUCAUGAAGGCAGCUUUUCUUUUUCUGAGGAAAAAAUAGGCAUGGGCUACAGGACUAUUUAAAAUGUCUCAUUUACAGUAUAAAACUCAAAGGUAGAUGUAAUUUUUACACCUAUGAGUAUUUGUCCAAUUUCUGUCUCUUCCUCACCAUUGGGUAUCUAUUCUUUAUAUGUAAAUAAGAUAAGGUCAUCUGAUAGCCUUAUUCAGUCUUCAUCAUUUUCAUUCAUCAUUGUUCCUAUGUAGAUUAUUGGACAUUUAUUGUAGCACUACAUAACUGAUUAUAAAAAUCUGUAAAUGAAUUAGCACUUUCAUAUUGAAACAAGCCUGCUAGCCUAUGUAUAAAAUAGCAAAAUGUUUGCUGUUUAUAAAAAGAUGUAAUGGGGUGGGGGGUAGGGGUAAUUUCAAGUUAUUAAUUUAAAAAUGAACUAGCAAUUUUGUACCUGGUGACUUUGUGGUGCACUCACCUCUGAUAGUGACUUGAAUUCGGUAUGUAAAAAGGGUUAAUGGUAUUUCAUUGCUGCUAAAAAUGACAACUCCCUCUGUGUCCUGUUUUUCUUAAAGCUGUCAGUGUACAAGUGGGUAUUUGAAUACCAGACCUUACUGUAAACAAUAAGAAAGGUGGUAUCUAGAGCAUGUAAAUUGGAUAUAAAGUUCUUCUCUUAAAGAGUUGAUCUAAGAGUAUGGCUAAACAUCUAUAUAUGCAAUCUAUUAAAAUAACUUAAUUCGGCUAUUA